AUGCUGCGAGGAGCAUUUCGGCCGGGGGAGCUGGAGCGGGCGCCCGGGGGGACCCGCCUGCGCCAGCGGAGCCCGGCUUCCAGCCCGCUGCCGGGCCCCCCCGACCUGCUGCUGCCGUCGCCGUCCAGCACGUACCCGGCGGAGCCCCGCGCCGGCCCGGCCGCGGCCAUGAAGCCCAACCAGGUGGGGCAGGUGGUGCUGUACGGCGUGCCCAUCGUGUCGCUCGUGAUCGACGGGCAGGAGCGGCUCUGCCUGGCGCAGAUCUCCAACACGCUGCUCAAGACCUUCAGCUACAACGAGAUCCACAACCGGCGCGUGGCCCUGGGCAUCACGUGCGUGCAGUGCACGCCGGUGCAGCUGGAGAUCCUGCGCCGGGCCGGCGCCAUGCCCAUCUCGUCGCGGCGCUGCGGCAUGAUCACGAAGCGCGAGGCGGAGCGGCUCUGCAAGUCCUUCCUGGGCGAGAACCGCCCGCCCAAGCUGCCCGACAACUUCGCCUUCGACGUGUCGCACGAGUGCGCCUGGGGCUGCCGCGGCAGCUUCGUGCCGGCGCGCUACAACAGCUCCCGCGCCAAUUGCCUCGACGGCAGCUCCCCCCCCACGUCCCCCCCGCCCAACAAGUUCAUCUUCCACUCGCACCGCACGCGCGACGCCAAGUACACGCAGCCCGACGCCGCCAACUUCAACUCCUGGCGCCGCCACCUCAAGCUCACCGACAAGAGCCCCCCCGACGAGCUGGUCUUCGCCUGGGAGGACGUCAAGGCCAUGUUCAACGGCGGCAGCCGCAAGCGCGCCCUGCCGCCCGCCGCGCACCCCGCGUGCGUCCAUAUGAUCCAGUCUGGGAAAAAAAACCCUUAG